AUGACCCCAUCGCCACCAAUAAAGCGCCUCAGCGAGUCAUUCUCCGUCAUGACCGACCGCAAGCGCAAGCUCGACCUCAGCGACAGCUCCUCGCACCCGCUCAAGAAGCGCAAGAGCCGGUUCUCUGACAAACCACCACCACCAUCACCAUCUCCUUCUUCUACCUCCAUCACUCCUUAUAAAGGCCUUAAUCCCCUCAAUAAGUUGCCAUUCUCGGCCCGCUACCAGACGCUCCUUACACAGCGUCAACAACUGCCCGUGCACCAAUUCCUCGACCAGAUCCAAGACGCGGUCAAGCGGCACCAAGUGAUCGUCGUGGAAGGCGAAACGGGCAGUGGCAAGACGACGCAGAUCCCGCAGUUUCUUACGUUGCUGCAAGGCGCGAGCGCCCAGAUGGUCGCGUGUACCCAGCCCCGACGUGUCGCAGCCACAAGCAUCGCCAAGCGCGUGGCGGAAGAGAUGGACGUGCAAUUGGGACACGAAGUGGGGUACACGAUUCGAUUCGAAGACGUGAGUGGACCACACACAAAGUUGCGCUUCUUGACGGACGGGAUGUUGCUGCAACAUGCCAUGAGCGACCCGCUGUUAUCUCAGUACUCGACGAUCAUACUGGACGAAGCUCACGAACGCACGCUAAGUACGGACAUUCUCUUUGGGCUAUUGAAGGAAGUGCUGCCGAAACGUCGCGAUCUUAAAGUUGUCGUCAUGAGUGCCACGCUCGACGCUGUCAAGUUCCAAACGUACUUUGAAGACGCGCCGUUGAUUGCGAUCCCGGGACGGACGUUUCCCGUCGAGAUUUUUUACACGCCGGAACCGGAGCGCGAUUAUCUCGAAGCUGCUGUUCGGACGGCUGUGCAAAUCCACAUUUGUGAAGAGGCAGGGGACGUGCUGCUGUUUCUUACAGGGCAAGAGGAGAUUGAAAAUGCCUGUCGUCAAAUUCGCGCGCAGGCUGAAGCUCUCGAUGCGUCCAAGUACGGUCCGCUGGACGUCUACCCCUUGUACUCGUCGCUCACGCCGCAACAACAGCAGCUCAUUUUCAAGCCUGCACCAGAGCCGCGCUUUGUAGGCGGGCCGAAAGGCCGCAAGAUUGUGGUGUCGACAAACGUGGCUGAAACGUCGCUGACUAUUGACGGGAUCGUGUACGUUAUUGACCCGGGGUUCUCCAAGCAAAAGGUGUACAAUCCGCGGAUUCGCGUCGAGUCGCUCCUGGUGUCUCCCAUCUCUCGUGCUUCAGCCAAGCAGCGGUCGGGUCGAGCUGGUCGUACGCGACCGGGCAAGUGCUUUCGCCUCUACACGGAGCAAUCGUUCCUUACCGACUUGGAAGAGCAGACGUACCCAGAGAUUCUGUGCUCUGAGAUGAGCGGCGUCGUGCUGACACUGAAGCAACUGGGCAUUGACGAUUUGGUGCACUUUGAUUUCAUGGACCCUCCGGCUCCCGAGACAUUGAUGCGUGCGCUGGAAAUGUUGAACUAUCUUGGCGCCUUGAGUGAUGAGGGUGAUCUCACGGACCUCGGCCGUCAGAUGGCUAUGCUUCCUGUGCUACCGCAGCUGGCUAAGAUGUUGAUCUCGUCCGCAAAGUAUCAGGUCCCGCAGGAAGUGGCUACGAUCGUGGCUAUGCUGUCGGUCCAAGAGCCUUUUGUUCGUCCUAAGAACGACGCCAAGGCUGCCAACGAAGCCAAGGCAAACUUCGCUCACUCAGACGGUGACCACCUCACCCUGUUGAACGUGUUUCACGCGUACAAACUGAACAAUGGUGAUGCCAACUGGUGCUUCGAGAACUAUUUGAACAGCCGAUCGCUGCAGAGCGCGUCAAACAUGCGCGACCAGCUGAUUCGCAAUAUGAAACGAUUGGAAAUGCCGACGCAGUCCACUCUGGACAUCCAUUCACCUCAGUACUACCCGAACAUCAUUAAGGCGUUGGUGUCUGGGUUUUUCAUGCAGGUUGCGCACAAAGCUGCCGAAGGCCACUUCGUGACUGUGAAGGACAACCAGAUGGUGCACCUGCACCCAUCGUGUGUACUCGACAAGAAGCCGGACUGGGUCGUGUACAACGAGUUCGUGCUUACAAGCCGCAACUAUAUUCGCCUGAACACUCGGAUCAGGGGCGAGUGGCUCGUAGAAAUCGCGCCUCAUUACUUUGACCUGGCCAACUUUCCACCGGGUGAUGCCAAGCGGGAGCUUGAGGCGCUGUAUCGCCGCAUGGCUGCCACGAAAAGCUAG